CCCACACUUGAGUGGAGUCACUCAAUCAAAGCUCUAAUUCGAAGAUCGACCCCGAAAAAGAAAAGCUCCAUAGUUGUACGGCCUGAACUUAUUUCAGCUUCCAUGGCCAACAAUCCCUCGCAGCUACUUCCUUCAGAGUUGAUCGACCGUUGCAUAGGGUCCAAAAUUUGGGUAAUAAUGAAGGGAGACAAGGAGCUUGUUGGUACUCUUCGUGGCUUCGAUGUUUAUGUCAACAUGGUUCUUGAAGACGUCACCGAAUAUGAAAUCACCGCUGAAGGAAGACGGAUAACCAAGCUUGAUCAGAUUUUGCUGAAUGGAAACAACAUUGCAAUUCUGGUUCCGGGUGGUUCACCAGAACCUGAAUGAGAACAGCAACCUCUGCGUCGAGUUCUUGAUCGUUGAUUUUCAUGCGGUUGGGGCAGACUCGUUUUUAUGAGAAAUUAUGCUCCAGUAUGCUCUUUUCUAUUUUCAGUCUAUUGGAUUAUGUAGGUGAUAUGGUUGUAGGAUAGUGGUGUGGGACAUAUCAGCUAUUAGUGAAUUUCAAAGCUUGUUAUUUGUAACUUUUACUUUUAUUUUGCUAUUAGUUAGUGUUACUAAAGUCAUGGGUCAAAGUGAAUGAUAAAUCUUGUUUAUUAAUAGUGCUAAUUGUUGGUAUUAUCAAAA